AUGGGAGACACCAAGGUUAUCUACCUUCUACCAGGGGGCCUCCAGGUCAUCUACCUUCUACCAGGGGGCCUCCAGGUCAUCUACCUUCUACCAGGGGGCCUCCAGGUCAUCUACCUUCUACCAGGGGCCUCCAGGUCAUCUACCUUCUACCAGGGGGCCUCCAGGUUAUCUACCUUCUACCAGGGGGGCCUCCAGGUUAUCUACCUUCUACCAGGGGGCCUCCAGGUCAUCUACCUUCUACCAUGGGGCCUCCAGGUCAUCUACCUUCUACCAGGGGGCCUCCAGGUUAUCUACCUCCUUCCAGGGGGCCUCCAGGUUAUCUACCUUCUACCAGGGGGCCUCCAGGUCAUCUACCUUCUACCAUGGGGCCUCCAGAUCAUCUACCUUCUACCAGGGGGGCCUCCAGGUUAUCUACCUUCUACCAGGGGGGCCUCCAGGUUAUCUACCUUCUACCAGGGGCCUCCAGGUCAUCUACCUUCUACCAGGGGCCUCCAGGUCAUCUACCUCCUUCCAGGGGACCUCCAGGUCAUCUACCUUCUACCAGGGGGCCCUCCAGGUUAUCUACCUUCUUCCAGGGGGCCUCCAGGUUAUCUACCUUCUACCAGGGGGGCCUCCAGGUUAUCUACCUUCUACCAGGGGCCUCAGGUCAUCUACCUCCUUCCAGGGGGCCUCCAGGUCAUCUACCUCCUUCCAGGGGGCCUCCAGGUUAUCUACCUUCUACCAGGGGGCCUCCAGGUUAUCUACCUUCUACCAGGGGGGCCUUCAGAUCAUCUACCUUCUACCAGGGGCCUCCAGGUUAUCUACCUUCUACCAGGGGGCCUCCAGAUCAUCUACCUUCUACCAGGGGGCCUCCAGGUUAUCUACCUUCUACCAGGGGGCCUCCAGGUUAUCUACCUUCUACCAGAGGGCCUCCAGGUUAUCUACCUUCUACCAGGGGGCCUCCAGGUAAUCUACCUUCUACCAGGGGGCCUCCAGAUCAUCUACCUUCUACCAGGGGCCUCCAGGUUAUCUACCUUCUACCAGGGGGCCUCCAGAUCAUCUACCUUCUACCAGGGGGCCUCCAGGUCAUCUACCUUCUACCAGGGGGCCUCCAGGUCAUCUACCUUCUACCAGGGGGCCUCCAGGUCAUAUACCUUCUACCAGGGGGCCUCCAGGUCAUCUACCUUCUACCAGGGGCCUCCAGGUCAUCUACCUUCUACCAGGGGGCCUCCAGGUCAUCUACCUUCUACCAGGGGGCCUCCAGGUCAUCUACCUUCUACCAGGGGGCCUCCAGGUCAUCUACCUUCUACCAGGGGGCCUCCAGGUCAUCUACCUUCUACCAGGGGGGCCUCCAGGUCAUCUACCUUCUACCAGGGGGGCAUCCAGAUCAUCUACCUUCUACCAGGGGGCCUCCAGGUUAUCUACCUUCUACCAGGGGGCCUCCAGGUUAUCUACCUUCUACCAGGGGGCCUCCAGGUCAUGGGACAAUUCCUUAGUGAGUUUAGGAGGUCCUGGGCAAGGCGGUCGCUGCUGUACCCGGUCACCCGCGGGUACAGAACACGGUCACCCGCGGGUACAGAACACGGCCGCCCGCGGGUACAGAACGCGGCCGCCCGCGGGUACAGAACACGGCCGCCCGCGGGUACAGAACACAGCUACACCGGUCACCCGCGGGUACAGAACGCGGCCGCCCGCGGGUACAGAACACGGCCGCCCGCGGGUACAGAACACAGCCACACCGGUCACCCGCGGGUACAGAACACAGCCACACCGGUCACCCGCGGGUACAGAACGCGGCCGCCCGCGGGUACAGAACACGGCCGCCCGCGGGUACAGAACACAGCCACACCGGUCACCCGCGGGUACAGAACGCGGCCGCCCGCGGGUACAGAACACGGCCGCCCGCGGGGACAGAACGCGGCCGCCCGCGGGUAUAGAACACGGCCGCCCGCGGGUACAGAACACGGCCGCCCGCGGGUACAGAACACGGCCGCCCGCGGGUACAGAACACGGCCGCCCGCGGGUACAGAACACGGCCGCCCGCGGGUACAGAACACGGCCGCCCGCGGGUACAGAACACGGCCGCCCGCGGGUACAGAACACGGCCGCCCGCGGGUACAGAACACGGCCGCCCGCGGGUACAGAACACGGCCGCCCGCGGGUACAGAACACGGCCGCCCGCGGGUACAGAACACGGCCGCCCGCGGGUACAGAACACGGCCGCCCGCGGGUACAGAACACGGCCGCCCGCAGGUACAGAACACGGCCGCCCGCGGGUACAGAACACGGCCGCCCGCGGGUACAGAACACGGCCGCCCGCGGGUACAGAACACGGCCGCCCGCGGGGACAGAACACGGCCGCCCGCGGGGACAGAACACGGCCGCCCGCGGGGACAGAACACGGCCGCCCGCGGGGACAGAACGCGGCCGCCCGCGGGGACAGAACGCGGCCGCCCGCGGGUACAGAACACGCGGCCGCCCGCGGGGACAGAACACGGCCGCCCGCGGGUACAGAACGCGGCCGCCCGCGGGUACAGAACGCGGCCGCCCGCGGGUACAGAACGCGGCCGCCCGCGGGUACAGAACGCGGCCGCCCGCGGGUACAGAACGCGGCCGCCCGCGGGUACAGAACGCGGCCGCCCGCGGGUACAGAACGCGGCCGCCCGCGGGUACAGAACGCGGCCGCCCGCGGGUACAGAACGCGGCCGCCCGCGGGUACAGAACGCGGCCGCCCGCGGGUACAGAACGCGGCCGCCCGCGGGUACAGAACGCGGCCGCCCGCGGGUACAGAACGCGGCCGCCCGCGGGUACAGAACGCGGCCGCCCGCGGGUACAGAACGCGGCCGCCCGCGGGUACAGAACGCGGCCGCCCGCGGGUACAGAACACAGCCGCCCGCGGGUACAGAACGCGGCCGCCCGCGGGUACAGAAUGCGGCCGCCCGCGGGUACAGAACGCGGCCGCCCGCGGUUACAGAACGCGGCCGCCCGCGGGUACAGAACGCGGCCGCCCGCGGGUACAGAACGCGGCCGCCCGCGGGUACAGAACGCGGCCGCCCGCGGGUACAGAACGCGGCCGCCCGCGGGUACAGAACGCGGCCGCCCGCGGGUACAGAACGCGGCCGCUGGUACUCGCCGCUAAUCGAGAAAGUAUG